GUGCGAUAUAGUGGAUAAAUAUUUUCUUUUUAAAAAAAGUUUAUUCGGAUAUUAAUUUUACAUGACGUUAAAUUCAAGUAUUGCGAUUGAAUGGUAAGGUGUCUGAUGAAAUAUUAAGAGAAACUCAAAAAUUAUACUUUACAGAACAAAUACGCUUUGUUAUGCAAUUUUGAUCGAAAUGACAUGUGCAUUUGCAUUAGCAACAUCUGUGUUUAAAGACUACAGGAAACAUAGAUUAGCUUUUCGAGCGUGGUUACCAUUCAACUAUACUUCUCCGGCGUUAUUUCGAAUCGCUUAUGUUCAUCAAUCGAUAAGCUUAACAAUGGGAUCAAUCCUUCAUAUCGCAUGCGACAGCCUUAUUUGCGGAUUAUUGAUGCACGUUUGUUCUCAGCUGGAAAUAUUGGAGUGUCAUUUGAAAAAGAUUAUAGACAAGCCAUACUUUCUUCGUGAAUGCGUCGUACAGCAUGCAUCCAUUUUCCAAUUUGCAUUCAUGGUGAAUGAAAAGUUUAGAUUAACAAUUACCAUCCAGUUCUUAGUGAGUAUGCUAGUAGUGUGCUUCAAUUUGUAUCAACUGGUACAAACAAGUGCGUCAAGUGCGAAAUUUAUUCAAAUAAUAUUAUAUAUGUUUUGUAUGCUGACACAAAUCUCAUUUUAUUGCUGGUAUGGAAAUGAAGUUAAGUUAAAGGUGCGUUAAAAUAAAGAUAUAUUUUAUACUUAAUUUUUUAUUUUUUUGUGUUUUUCUCUGUUUUAUUUUAUAAUUACAAUUAAAAAAUUAAUAAAUAAAAACUUUUUGCAUAUAUUUUUUAAUAUAGAGUCGGCAACUGAUCAGUGAUGUGUUUCAAACGAAAUGGUUUGGGUUGGAUUAUCACUUGCAAAAAAGUUUAUUAAUAAUCAUGAC